AUGCAGUUAACCGUAAGCCACCAACGCAGCAAAAGGAGCGCAGGAAAGCAGCUGAGGUUUUGCAGGAACCUGCGUACACACUUGGCAUUUAACUAGCUCAGGAGGUUGCCCUGCCGCUUUGUAGGAGGCGCCGGUGGGGGCAGCUUUCGAUCCCGAGCGCCAGGGCCAGAGGGUGCCCAUGUGUUGAGCUCUGCGACCCCGCACCGCGCGAGAUCUGCCCAGGCAUCGCGGACAAUUAUAUAAGCUGCCUCGGUGAUUACCCAGAACUGUGAUACCAACACCGGGCUGUUGGAAGACAAGCCUGAAAGUUUUCCUGCUUGGGGAAUAUGGAAGAACUGAGAAUCAGAGAAGGCUAGUGAUCUCGGGGAUAUUUGGCCAGUAGAAAGGAUCCCUCCCUGUCCUCCAGGAUCCAAUGGCCGUGGAGAAAGGGCUGCAGGGCCCAUGGAUGCUGUUGAUUUUUCUGAUCAUGCUGACAUGGAGCCAGACCACUUGACCCUGAGUGCACCGAGGACCCAAUUGGUGGAUGUGGAAGAGCUCAGGCCAGAGGCCAUGGAUGUGAAGGAGAGGAAGCCGUACCGCUCGCUCACCCGGCGCCGUGACGCAGAGCGCCGCUAUACCAGCUCGUCUGCAGACAGCGAGGAGGGCAAAGCACCCCAGAAGUCAUAUAGCUCCAGUGAGACCCUGAAGGCCUACGACCAAGAUGCCCGCGUUGCCUAUGGCAGCCGCGUCAAGGAUGUGGUGCCGCAGGAGGCCGAGGAAUUCUGCCAUGCAGGAGCCAACUUCACCCUCCGUGAGCUGGGGCUGGGCGAGGUGACUCCCCCUCAUGGAACCCUCUACCGGAGAGACGUCGGCCUCCCCCACUGCGGCUACUCCUUGGGCGCCAGCUCCGAUGCCGACCUGGAAGCCGACACUGUACUGUCUCCGGAGCACCCAGUGCGGCUGUGGGGCCGGAGCACGAGGUCGGGGCGCAGCUCCUGCCUCUCCAGCCGGGCCAACUCCAAUCUCACACUCACGGACACUGAGCACGAGAACACCGAGACCGGUGCGCCCUUGCAUUGUUCAUCCGCUUCAUCAACCCCUAUUGAGCAGUCCCCCUCCCCGCCCCCCUCCCCUCCGGCCAAUGAGAGCCAGAGGCGGUUGCUAGGCAACGGUGUGGCCCAGCCAACCCCGGACUCAGACUCUGAAGAAGAGUUUGUCCCUAAUUCAUUCUUAGUUAAAAGUGGCUCCGCCAGCCUGGGGGUCGCAGCAAACGAUCACCCAGGCGGCCUGCAGAACCACCCCCGGCUCCGGACGCCACCACCCCCGCUUUCCCACGCCCACACCCCCAACCAGCACCACGGGGCCUCCGUCAACUCCCUGAACCGGGGCAACUUCACUCCGCGGAGCAACCCCAGCCCGGCCCCAACAGACCAUUCACUCUCUGGAGAGCCCCCUGUCGGCAGCGCCCAGGAGCCUACGCAUGCCCAGGACAACUGGCUGCUCAACAGUAACAUCCCGCUGGAGACCAGAAACCUAAGCAAGCAGCCAUUCCUAGGGACAUUGCAGGACAACCUCAUUGAGAUGGACAUUCUCAGCGCCUCCCGCCAUGAUGGGGCUUACAGUGACGGGCACUUCCUUUUCAAGCCUGGAGGCACCUCCCCACUCUUCUGCACCACGUCCCCAGGGUACCCCCUGACAUCUAGCACCGUGUAUUCACCUCCACCCCGGCCCCUGCCCCGCAGCACCUUCGCCCGGCCGACUUUUAACCUCAAGAAGCCCUCCAAGUACUGCAACUGGAAAUGCGCAGCCCUGAGUGCCAUCAUCAUCUCGGCCACGCUUAUCAUCCUGCUGGCAUACUUUGUGGCCAUGCACCUGUUUGGCCUAAACUGGCACCUGCAGCCGAUGGAGGGGCAGAUGUAUGAGAUCACGGAGGACACAGCCAGCAGUUGGCCUGUGCCAACGGACGUCUCCCUGUAUCCCUCGGGGGGCACUGGCUUAGAGACCCCUGACAGGAAAGGCAAAGGAGCCACAGAAGGAAAAUCCAGUAGCUUCUUUCCAGAGGACAGUUUUAUAGACUCUGGAGAAAUCGAUGUGGGGAGACGGGCUUCCCAGAAGAUUCCUCCUGGUACUUUCUGGAGAGCUCAGGUGUUCAUAGACCAUCCUGUGCAUCUGAAGUUCAACGUAUCUCUGGGAAAGGCAGCCCUGGUUGGCAUUUAUGGCAGAAAAGGCUUUCCUCCUUCACACACUCAGUUUGACUUUGUGGAGCUGCUAGAUGGAAGGAGGCUCCUAACCCAAGAGGCACGGAGCCUAGAAGGACCCCAGCGCCAGUCUCGGGGUGGUGUACCCCCCGCCAGCCAUGAGACUGGCUUCAUCCAAUAUCUGGAUUCAGGAAUCUGGCACCUGGCCUUUUACAAUGAUGGGAAGGAGUCUGAAGUGGUUUCUUUCCUCACCACUGCCAUUGAAUCAGUGGAUAACUGCCCCAGCAACUGCUAUGGCAAUGGGGACUGCAUCUCGGGGACUUGCCACUGCUUCCUGGGGUUUCUGGGCCCCGACUGCGGCAGAGCCUCUUGCCCCGUGCUCUGCAGCGGGAAUGGCCAGUACAUGAAGGGCAGGUGCCUGUGCCACAGUGGCUGGAAAGGUGCCGAGUGCGACGUGCCCACCAACCAAUGCAUCGAUGUGACCUGCAGCAACCAUGGUACCUGUAUCAUGGGCACCUGCAUCUGCAACCCUGGCUACAAGGGCGAGAGCUGUGAAGAAGUGGAUUGUAUGGACCCCACAUGUUCGGGCCGGGGUGUUUGUGUGAGAGGCGAGUGCCACUGCUCCGUAGGAUGGGGAGGCACCAACUGCGAGACUCCCAGGGCCACAUGCUUGGACCAGUGUUCAGGCCACGGAACCUUUCUCCCAGACACCGGGCUUUGUAGCUGUGACCCAAGCUGGACCGGACACGACUGUUCUAUUGAGAUCUGCGCUGCGGACUGUGGUGGCCACGGUGUCUGCGUUGGGGGCACCUGUCGCUGCGAAGAUGGCUGGAUGGGGGCAGCGUGUGACCAGCGAGCCUGCCACCCGCGCUGUGCCGAGCAUGGGACCUGCCGCGACGGCAAGUGCGAGUGCAGCGUGGGCUGGAACGGCGAGCACUGCACCAUUGCGCACUAUCUGGAUAGGGUAGUUAAAGAGGGUUGCCCUGGGUUGUGCAAUGGUAACGGCAAAUGUACUUUGGACCUGAAUGGGUGGCAGUGCGUCUGCCACCUGGGCUGGAGAGGAGCUGGCUGUGACACUUCGAUGGAAACUGCCUGUGGAGACAGCAAAGACAAUGAUGGAGAUGGCUUGGCGGACUGCAUGGAUCCUGACUGCUGCCUCCAGCCCCUCUGCCAUGUCAAUUCAUUGUGCCUGGGCUCCCCAGACCCUCUGGACAUCAUCCAAGAGACAAAGUCCCCUGUGUCCCAGCAGAACCUGCACUCCUUCUAUGACCGCAUCAAGUUUCUUGUGGGCAGGGACAGCACACACAUCAUCCCCGGGGAGAACCCCUUCGAUGGAGGGCACGCGUGUGUCAUUCGUGGUCAAGUAAUGACAUCAGAUGGGACCCCGCUGGUUGGUGUGAACAUCAGUUUCGUCAAUAACCCUCUCUUUGGGUACACAGUCAGCAGGCAAGAUGGGAGCUUUGACUUGGUCACAAAUGGCGGCAUCUCCAUCAUCCUGAGGUUUGAGAGGGCACCUUUCAUCACACAGGAGCACACCCUGUGGCUACCCUGGGAUCGUUUCUUUGUCAUGGAAACCAUUGUCAUGAGGCAUGAGGAGAAUGAGAUCCCCAGCUGUGACCUGAGCAACUUCGCUCGCCCCAACCCUGUCGUGUCUCCAUCCCCACUGACGUCCUUCGCCAGCUCCUGUGCAGAGAAAGGUCCUAUCGUGCCAGAAAUUCAGGCUCUGCAGGAGGAAAUUGCCAUCUCUGGCUGCAAGAUAAGGCUGAGCUACCUAAGCAGCCGGACUCCAGGCUACAAAUCUGUCCUGAGGAUCAGCCUCACCCAUCCUACUAUCCCCUUCAACCUCAUGAAGGUCCACCUCAUGGUGGCGGUUGAAGGCCGCCUCUUCCGGAAAUGGUUUGCUGCAGCACCAGAACUAUCCUAUUAUUUCAUCUGGGACAAGACAGAUGUCUACAACCAGAAGGUGUUUGGGCUCUCCGAAGCCUUCGUUUCCGUGGGUUAUGAGUAUGAGUCCUGCCCAGAUCUGAUUCUGUGGGAAAAAAGAACAGCAGUGCUGCAGGGUUAUGAAAUUGAUGCAUCCAAGCUUGGAGGGUGGAGCCUGGACAAACAUCAUGCCCUCAACAUCCAAAGUGGCAUCCUCCACAAAGGGAAUGGGGAGAACCAGUUUGUGUCUCAGCAGCCACCUGUCAUUGGCAGCAUCAUGGGCAAUGGGCGCCGGAGAAGCAUCUCUUGCCCCAGCUGCAAUGGCCUUGCUGAUGGUAACAAGCUCCUGGCCCCUGUGGCCCUCACUUGUGGCUCUGAUGGGAGCCUCUAUGUGGGUGACUUCAACUACAUCCGCAGGAUCUUCCCCUCUGGAAAUGUCACCAACAUCCUGGAGCUGAGAAAUAAAGAUUUCAGACAUAGUCACAGUCCAGCACAUAAGUACUACCUGACCACAGACCCCAUGAGUGGGGCCGUCUUCCUUUCUGACACCAACAGCCGGCGGGUUUUUAAGAUCAAGUCCACCAUGGUGGUGAAGGACCUUGUCAAGAACUCCGAGGUGCUGGCAGGGACUGGUGACCAGUGCCUCCCCUUUGAUGACACUCGCUGCGGAGAUGGUGGGAAGGCCACAGAAGCCACACUUACCAACCCCAGGGGCAUUACAGUGGACAAGUUCGGGCUGAUUUACUUCGUGGAUGGCACCAUGAUCAGACGAGUUGAUCAGAACGGGAUCAUCUCUACCCUGCUGGGCUCUAAUGAUCUCACGUCGGCCCGGCCCCUCAGCUGCGAUUCUGUCAUGGAUAUUUCUCAGGUUCGCUUGGAGUGGCCCACAGACUUAGCCAUCAACCCAAUGGACAACUCUCUUUAUGUCCUCGACAACAACGUGGUCCUGCAAAUCUCUGAGAACCAUCAGGUGCGCAUUGUCGCAGGAAGGCCCAUGCACUGCCAGGUCCCUGGCAUCGACCACUUCCUGCUGAGCAAGGUGGCCAUCCAUGCAACCCUGGAGUCGGCCACUGCUUUGGCUGUUUCACACAACGGCGUCCUAUAUAUUGCUGAGACGGAUGAGAAGAAGAUCAACCGCAUUAGGCAGGUCACCACUAGUGGAGAGAUCUCGCUGGUUGCUGGGGCCCCCAGUGGCUGUGACUGUAAAAAUGAUGCCAACUGUGAUUGUUUCUCUGGAGAUGAUGGUUAUGCCAAGGAUGCAAAGCUGAAUACUCCCUCUUCACUGGCUGUGUGUGCUGAUGGGGACCUCUACGUGGCUGACCUUGGGAACAUCCGAAUUCGGUUUAUCCGGAAGAACAAGCCUUUCCUGAACACCCAGAACAUGUAUGAGCUGUCUUCACCCAUCGACCAGGAGCUGUACCUAUUCGAUACCAGUGGCAAGCAUCUGUACACCCAAAGCCUGCCCACAGGAGACUACCUGUACAACUUCACUUAUACCGGGGACGGUGAUGUCACACUCAUCACAGACAACAAUGGCAACAUGGUGAAUGUCCGCCGAGAUUCCACAGGGAUGCCCCUCUGGCUGGUUGUCCCUGAUGGCCAGAUAUACUGGGUGACCAUGGGCACCAACAGUGCACUCAGAAGUGUGACCACACAAGGACAUGAGUUGGCCAUCAUGACCUAUCAUGGCAAUUCUGGCCUGCUGGCAACCAAAAGCAAUGAAAAUGGAUGGACAACAUUUUAUGAGUAUGACAGUUUUGGCCGCCUAACAAAUGUGACCUUCCCUACUGGCCAAGUGAGCAGUUUCCGAAGUGACACAGACAGCUCCGUGCAUGUCCAGGUAGAGACCUCCAGCAAGGAUGAUGUCACCAUAACCACCAACCUGUCUGCCUCAGGUGCCUUCUACACUCUACUGCAAGACCAAGUCCGAAACAGCUACUACAUUGGGGCUGAUGGCUCCCUGAGGCUGCUGUUGGCCAAUGGCAUGGAGGUGGCACUACAGACCGAGCCCCACCUGUUGGCUGGCACGGUCAACCCCACCGUGGGCAAGAGGAAUGUUACACUGCCCAUAGACAAUGGCCUCAACCUGGUGGAGUGGCGGCAGCGCAAGGAGCAGGCUCGUGGCCAGGUCACCGUCUUUGGGCGCCGGCUAAGAGUUCACAAUAGAAACCUCCUGUCUCUGGACUUUGACCGUGUAACACGCACAGAGAAGAUCUAUGAUGACCACCGCAAGUUCACCCUCCGGAUCCUCUAUGACCAGGCAGGGAGGCCCAGCCUCUGGUCGCCCAGUAGUAGACUGAAUGGUGUCAAUGUAACAUACUCCCCUGGCGGCCACAUUGCCGGCAUCCAGAGGGGCAUCAUGUCUGAGAGAAUGGAAUAUGACCAGGCAGGUCGCAUCACAUCCAGGAUCUUUGCUGAUGGGAAAACGUGGACCUACACAUACUUAGAGAAGUCCAUGGUGCUGCUGCUCCACAGCCAGAGGCAGUACAUCUUCGAGUUUGACAAGAAUGACCACCUCUCCUCCGUGACAAUGCCCAAUGUGGCCCGGCAAACACUGGAAACGAUCCGCUCCGUGGGCUACUACAGGAACAUCUACCAGCCCCCCGAGGGCAAUGCCUCGGUCAUACAGGACUUCACUGAGGAUGGCCACCUGCUCCACACCUUCUACUUGGGCACUGGCCGCAGGGUGAUUUAUAAGUACGGCAAGCUGUCAAAGCUGGCUGAGAUGCUAUAUGACACCACCAAGGUGAGCUUCACCUAUGAUGAGACAGCAGGCAUGCUGAAGACUGUCAACCUGCAGAAUGAAGGCUUCACCUGCACCAUCCGUUACCGUCAGAUAGGGCCCCUGAUCGACCGGCAGAUCUUCCGCUUCACUGAGGAAGGCAUGGUCAAUGCCCGUUUUGAUUACAAUUAUGACAACAGUUUCCGGGUGACCAGCAUGCAGGCUGUGAUCAAUGAGACCCCACUACCUAUCGAUCUCUAUCGCUAUGACGAUGUAUCAGGCAAGACAGAGCAGUUUGGGAAAUUUGGUGUCAUCUACUAUGACAUUAACCAGAUCAUUACCACAGCGGUCAUGACCCAUACCAAGCACUUUGACACGUACGGCAGGAUGAAGGAAGUGCAGUAUGAGAUUUUCCGCUCACUCAUGUACUGGAUGACAGUCCAGUAUGACAACAUGGGGCGAGUAGUGAAGAAGGAGCUGAAAGUGGGACCCUAUGCCAACACCACCCGCUACUCCUAUGAGUACGAUGCUGACGGCCAGCUUCAGAUGGUUUCCAUCAAUGACAAGCCACUCUGGCGCUACAGCUAUGACCUCAAUGGGAACCUGCACUUGCUGAGCCCUGGGAACAGUGCACGGCUCACCCCACUCCGGUAUGACAUCCGUGACCGCAUCACUAGGCUAGGUGAUGUGCAAUACAAAAUGGAUGAAGAUGGCUUCCUGAGGCAGCGGGGUGGGGAUGUCUUUGAGUACAACUCAGCUGGCCUGCUCAUCAAGGCCUACAACCGGGCUGGUGGCUGGAGUGUCAGGUACCACUACGAUGGCCUGGGGCGGCGGGUGUCCAGCAAGAACAGCUACAGCCACCACUUGCAGUUCUUCUAUGCAGAUCUGACCAACCCCACCAAGGUCACCCACCUCUACAAUCACUCCAGCUCUGAGAUCACAUCCCUCUACUACGACCUGCAAGGACACCUCUUUGCCAUGGAGCUGAGCAGCGGUGAUGAGUUUUACAUAGCUUGUGACAACAUUGGAACCCCUCUUGCUGUCUUUAGUGGAACAGGCUUGAUGAUCAAGCAGAUCCUGUACACAGCUUAUGGGGAAAUCUACAUGGACACCAACCCCAACUUCCAGAUCAUCAUUGGCUACCAUGGCGGCCUGUAUGACCCACUCACCAAGCUCAUCCACAUGGGCCGACGGGAUUAUGAUGUGCUGGCUGGACGCUGGACUAGCCCAGACCACGAGCUGUGGAAGCACCUUAGUAGCAACAACAUCAUGCCUUUUAAUCUCUACAUGUUUAAAAACAAUAACCCCAUCAGCAACUCUCAGGACAUCAAGUGCUUCAUGACAGAUGUCAACAGCUGGCUGCUCACCUUUGGAUUCCAGUUGCACAACGUGAUCCCUGGCUAUCCCAAACCAGACAUGGAUGCCAUGGAACCAUCCUAUGAGCUCCUGCACACACAGAUGAAAACUCAGGAGUGGGACAACAGCAAGUCUAUCCUUGGAGUACAAUGUGAAGUGCAGAAACAGCUCAAGGCCUUCGUCACCUUAGAACGCUUCGACCAGCUCUAUGGCUCCACAGUCACCAGCUGCCAGCAGGCCCCAGAGACGAGAAAGUUUGCAUCUAGUGGCUCAGUCUUUGGCAAAGGGGUCAAAUUUUCCUUGAAGGAUGGUCGCGUGACCACAGACAUCAUCAGCAUGGCCAAUGAGGAUGGGCGAAGGGUUGCUGCCAUUCUGAACAAUGCUCACUACUUAGAGAACCUGCACUUCACCAUCAAUGGGAUUGAUACCCACUACUUUGUAAAACCAGGGCCUUCAGAGGGUGACCUGGCCAUCUUGGGCCUCAGUGGGGGGCAGCGAACCCUAGAGAAUGGAGUCAAUGUGACAGUGUCCCAGAUCAACACCAUGCUCAAUGGCAGGACUAGACGCUAUACAGACAUCCAGCUCCAGUACAGGGCACUGUGCUUGAACACCCGCUAUGGGACGACGCUGGACGAGGAGAAGGCGAGGGUGCUGGAGCUGGCCCGGCAGAGAGCCGUGCGCCAGGCGUGGGCCCAAGAGCAGCAGAGACUGCAGGAAGGGGAGGAGGGCCUUCGGGCCUGGACCGAGGGGGAGAAGCAGCAGGUGCUGAACACAGGGCAGGUGCAAGGCUAUGAUGGCUUCUUCGUGAUCUCCGUUGAGCAGUACCCAGAACUGUCAGACAGUGCCAACAACAUCCACUUCAUGAGACAGAGUGAGAUGGGCCGAAGGUGACAGAGAGGGCUAUGGCCUGGACUUCUUGCCAAAGACAGCUACUCUUUUGUGGCCGCAUACCUGACUGUGUUGUACUUUAAAAAACAAAAACAAAAACAAAAAAACAAAAAAAAACUUUUUUAACAAGUGCAGAAAACAAACAAAAAGAUACUGGUUGCAUUGUUAAUCAUGCAACAUUCUUUUUUUUUAAGAAAAGAAAAACACGGAUUUGGCCUUCACACAUUUUUUGCAAAGAAGAGAAGGUAUUUUUUUCUGUAGUGUGAUCACAAUGAAAACUUUACUGUCUUGUUCCCUUUUUCCUUAAGGAAUUUUCCCUGUUGUUUGGAGUCCGUUUCUCUUCUCUUUGGGAUACACGUCUCCUGGGGUGUGUCCUCAUUGUCGCUGGGUACGCAGUGUGAUGUGAGACAUGAGUGUCUGUGCUUGUCUCAUGUGCAACCCUUUCUUCUUUGACCGGGGUCAGGCAGGAGGGAGGGGUGCCAAGAGUGAUGGGCCUGUAGAACCUCAGGAGCUUUGGCUAGGCUCCCACAGCCAAGCGGUGGGUGCUUACUCACUGUGCUUUGUGCCUCUGGAGGACCACAGAUGGCUUCAUCUUGCUCUGGAGAAUUUCACGCUAUCACUCAGCGCCUUUCCAAACUGCCCCAAACUCCUGUCCAAGCUUUAUAUUUUGAUGCUAAAUGAAACCCCUUCUCCCUUUUGCAAAUCUCAUGUAGUUGUUGGUGCCACCCCCAUACUGGGCUGGAGGAAUUGUCCCCAGAUUCUUUCCCCAGUCUGGUGACAUAACAUCCUGGAGCUACGAGCCCCACCCUCUCCAAGAGGUGAAAGCACCCAGGAUGUCUGUGAUUGGUUGAUCCUCCACGAUGUCCCUUACUCAUCUCUUCCUCUCUCCCAAAGCCAGAUGUGAGAACCAGCACUGCACAGCGAGCCCUCCAUGUGGCACCAAGUCCAAGGAAGGGAAGGAUGCCCUCUCCCCAUGACUUUGGGUACCUUCCCUCCACUGCUCAGCUGCCGCCACUGAGAAAUAGAAGUAUGGCGAGAGGUGCUUGGUGGCCUUUGAUCCUGGAAAGAUACAAAAUUAAAAAGUCAGCCAAAGAGAGGAGUAAGCAAAAGCAUGAGCCAAGCAUCUUUCUAAUCAGCUCCUGAAGUUGCCUCUGCCUCCCCUGUGCAGGCUUGUCCCAGAGCUAUGCUACAGCAGCCUAGGCCUUCAGGAAAUCCCUUCUGUGAACUUCCUCUAGAAAACAGCUUUCCCUCUAGAGAAGCCCAACCAGGGGUUUUUUUAAAGAGAAAGAGAAAGGAGCUACUUUGGUGUGGCCUUUCAGUGGUGUACAACUCCACUACCAUCAGGGACUGGUCCUGAAGCCAAUGCCCAUGGAUCCGGAAGGCCAGGCUACCAUUGUUCUUGUGAAGAUCCAUGUCUGCAUCAUCAGGAAGAGGCUGGAGGCCUCUCAAGAGCAGGUACAACCCAUGGCUGGAGACUUCCCAGGAGGAGGCAGCAGCCAGGAGACCAGGGAAGCAAGGAGGGCAGAGGAGGGUAGCAGUACAAGCUGAGAACUCCUUGUUCAAGGAUUUCAUUCCUGGUUCAUCUGCUUAAUUACCAUUGUCAUUACCACUCACAGGAGGCUCUGGGAGAUAGGAGGGGAAGCCAAAUGCUUCCAUUUGAGCUGGGCUUAGAAAAUGGGACUUUAUGGGUUACAUUUACAUUAAGUGUGGAAAAUGAAUUCUGAGUCUGAGCUAUUCCCCGUGGAAACCUUGUUGGACUGAUAAGCUCAUGGCACCUUUAUAGCCUUACUCACAGAGUCUUCAGAAUGUGACACAAGUUAAUGAAACCAAGAAGGUCUCUUACUGCAUGAGAAUUGGAGCAACAUGUAGUCCGGCUUCUGCCGGGCAGCAGGAGGUAUUCAGAGCUUCUCGGGGAGGGGAGAUCUUGCCUUACAUCAUCCCACUGGGAUUAGAGGAUGUGUUUCGCUAAGUGCUCUUCCUGUUUCCAAAAAAAGUCACACUGCCUCAACAGUGUGCUGUGACCUGUUUGUCUACUGGUUGCCCAUUGCCUCUGGAUCCAGAGCUCUGCUGAGUCAGAUUCAAUGUUCCUCAGGCCCACUACAUAUGUCACACGCUGUUUUUUUGGAUGGAUUGGAAAACAGUUUGGCCUGAAGAACACAAGUUAGGUUUUUUUUUAGUACAAAAGAAAUUUAUGCCUCUCAAAAUGCACUCCUGCUAUGAAGGUCCUUGGCCAAAGUUUCCUACCUGUUGGCCUAGUUGAUCAGUCCCAUCUUGGCUGCCUAACAUCAGUCAAGACCUGCUGGGGACAUCUACUUAGAGGUCAGAGACAACAUAUGGUUCAAGAGAACCAUCUCCUUAUACCUCCCCAGCUCCUCUGUCCCUCCGUCACUACCCCCUUCCCCAAAAGAAUACAGUGGACUAAUUUUAAGAAUCAAAAGCACAGAGAAUUAGGUGUUCCUUUAUUUAAAGGAGCAAUCCUAUUUUUUUUUUUCUGGGCUGCAUUCCCAGCUUCUGCAACCCCAAGCUUUAGAGAGGAACCAUGGGGUAGGCAGUACCAUGUACCUUCGUUUUACACUGUGCUAUCAUAUGGACCAGAAGCUCUGGCCUUGGCUCUUUGGAGCUGAUUCCCAUUCAGGCUGGCAGGUGACUCAGGACUUCCCUUCUCAAUCUGUCCCCCUGCUGAGACUAGCAGUCCCAAUCCCAUGGCAAGGGUGAGUCUGAAGGCACAUACCAGAGUUCUCUGUGCCUACUUAGUGUGCUCCAUGCAUCAACUCCCAUCCUUGAUGGCACCUGCCCUUUUGGCACUAAUAAAUCAAAAUCUUUCCAACUGAUGAAGUGAUCAGACCUCCUGUACUGCCAAGGUUCAUGAUUCUGUAGGAAGUUGGCUUCUGACCCUAGAAGGAGGUUUAUUUUAGAAUAGUUCCUGCCUUCUCCCCCACCCCCCCCAACUGCCAGUCAGCCUCUCUGUCACUAUGUUUAAUAAGACCUUAUUGAUUCCCCAACUUUGUCCUUUUUUAUGAGACAGGAUCUUGCUCUGUAGCCCAUUAUGGCCUCAAAUUGCCAAGUGCUAGGACCCAACUUUGUCUUUUAUGUAAUAAGAUUUCCUUUCACCCAGCCUCCAGAUAGACAUUGUUGGAAGGCAGGAUGGUGACAACAGGAGGGAGAGGAGGGACUCCAUGGAAUACCAACCUUUGACAGCCUCUGACACUUGCUUCACAAUUGCUGGCUGAGAAGUAACCCGAGGUCCACACCAGUGGUUGACUUCUACUUUGGGGUGGAGGUUUUGAAACAUUCCCUGAGAAACUGACUGGAGGCUAAGAAUGGCCAGGAGAUGUACUUCCAGAUAAUCAGGAUAGGGUAGGGCUAGCAGCAGAUGAUGAUGAAGAGGCAAGGGAGGUGAGUAAACUGGGCGGUGCUUUGUAGACAGAGAACAAGGAAUCAAAAUUUUAAAAAAGAAGAAGAAAGGACCUUUUCAGCUGUGACUUUUAAGUCUCACCUUUAUAGGCAGCAGUGAUCUCCAUUCUGCAAAGACAGGCUUUCAAUGUGAAAUCUUAGAACAUAGUUUGACCAUUUUCGGCUUUGUGUCUGCAGUGGCCCUGUCGCACAGCAGGGACGCUGAGCUUGGUGCCCAGGAGGAAAGAGCUUGCUGGCCCUCAGCAGGGUCCCAGGCUUGGGGGUUUGACCACCCAACACACAAAGUCCAGUCUGUUCUGCAUUCCUCACAGCAGCCACUAAGCCAAGGAGGUGGCACCUAGUCCUGGUCAGGGGACUCUGCUCCUGAGGGGUCCCAGAAAGAACCCAGCUUCUCCUUUCCCUCAUCAGGACUAAAGCCUUCCGUUUAAGGAACAUUGUUCCCAGCUAGGGUCAUACACUUGUCUGUAUGUAGUUCAAGGCCCUUUUAUUUAACCUUCCAAAACAGCAAACUCAUUUUAAAGACUCAUUGCUCAGGUGACCAAAACUUAAUCCUCUCCAACCUUUACAUUCUCAAAAACCAGCUUGGGACCUUGACUGCCCCGGUUAGUGGCGCACUCUGAGGUUUCAUUCCGGAUGUGAAAGAGCAGAGUCGGGGAGCCCUGGGUGGGGGCCUCUGUCACAUUUCCUUUCCCCUCUGAAAUGCCAAAGGCAUGAAACCGGGUGACAUCCUGGUCCCCACGAAAAUGUGAUUUAUUCUGAGGGCAAACUGCCAAGGGAGGACGGACCCUCGGGCAGGCUCAGCUCUCCUGGCAGAAGCUGAGCAGCAGGUGUCUGGCAGUGCCCCAGUAGCCCCGGAUUCACCCACCACCAGAAUCUCCCUUUUCUAAGUCUGCCUGUUGUGCUGAGGACUUCUGAACCUGCAGCUCUGGCAAAGGACUGUGCUGCGCUGCCUCUGGAUGACCAGCCCUGGAGACUCUGGCCUUACCGUGUGCAAAUAGUUUUCCUGAAGUCUGGAACUAAUUUUGAGAAGUUUUUUUCUCAACACUUUUGUGUUUCUAACACUGUAUUCUUGACUGUGUAAAUACCAACAAGGCUGUAAAUAAAUGCAGAUGUAGAUACCUUCUAGAAAAAAAAAAGCAUAAAAACAAAACCAGAAGUGAUCCCGUGUAGCCUUCGUUGACAAAUAAAAGAAUAUUUUGUGUUUAAA